CCAGAUGCUGCUGGUGUGGAGCGCCACUCUUCUCUUGCUGGGCUUUGCUCAAGGGGCAGAGGUCUGUUAUGAGAACUUGGGCUGUUUCACGGAUGACAGGCCCUGGUCUGACACGGCUGAGAGGCCCAUUGCCCGCCUACCCUGGGACCCAGAAAAGAUCGGCACUCGCUUCUUGCUCUUCACUGCAAAAAACCCUGAUAACUUCCAGGAAAUAAGUACCAACAAGGACAUUCUUCUAUCAUCAAACUAUGAAGGAGGAAACAUGACCCGUUUUAUCAUCCAUGGAUUCAUUGACCAAGGAGAGGAAAACUGGCUUCUGGAUAUGUGUAGGACCAUGCUCCUGGUGGAGGACAUCAACUGCAUCUGUGUGGACUGGAAGAGGGGAGGAAGGACCACUUAUACACAGGCGGCCAACAACAUCCGGGUAGUAGGUGCAGAGGUUGCCUAUAUGAUUGAGCUCUUCCAGACGCACUACAAACAGAAGCCUGAGAUGUUUCAUGUCAUCGGCCACAGCCUGGGUGCACACUGUGCAGGGGAGGUUGGUCGCAGGGUUCCCAACCUUGGCCGCGUCACUGGUCUGGACCCAGCGGAGCCAUAUUUUCAGGGAUGCCCCGAGUUGGUGCGUUUGGACCCCAGCGAUGCUAAGUUUGUGGACACCAUUCAUACAGACUCACUGCCCAUGAUCCCAUAUCUUGGAUUUGGCAUGGCCCAGGCAGUGGGGCAUCUCGACUUCUACCCCAACGGUGGCAAGCAGAUGCCCGGCUGUGACAAGAAUAUCCUCUCGCAAAUUGUGGACAUUGAUGGAAUUUGGGAAGGUACCCGAGACUUUGCAGCCUGCAACCAUCUGAGGUCUUACAAGUUCUACAAUGACACCAUCCUGAACCCGGAGGGCUUCCUCGGGUAUCCCUGCUCCAGUGACGAGGUCUUUGAUGAGAUUGGCCGGUGCUUCCCAUGCCCCACGGGCACAUGCCCUUUCAUGGGCCACCAUGCUGACAAAUUCAAAGUGCCCAGCGGACAGGAGAAACUGAAGUUCUACCUGAACACCGGGGAGGCCAAGCCUUUUGCACGAUAUCGCUACAUGUUAACUAUCACAAUUUCUGGUGACCGAACAGUCACAGGCUUUAUAAAGGUAGCGCUCUAUGGGUCCAAUGGCAACUCAAGACAAUAUGAUGUUCAUAGUGGUUUACUUUCUCCUGGUAAAACCUACGAGGUCUACAUCGACACAGAAAUCGAUGUGGGCGAAGUGACCAAGAUGAAGUUCCUCUGGAACAACAAGAUUUUGAACCCCCUCCUACCCAAGUUUGGGGCUACCAAGAUGGUGGUGCAACGUGGGAAAGAUAGGAAGCUCUUUGAGUUCUGUGGUGAGGAAAGAGUACGAGAGAACGUCCUUCAGACCCUGAACCCCUGCACACCCUAGAGAGGCGCAAAGCACUUUACCCACUUCAACAACUUCAAGCUACCUAAAUAAACAGUUAUAUCAAAA